ACUUCUGUCCUUUAAGCAAUUCAAGCCACAGGAAUUUUUCUUUCCCAGGAAGCUGAAAUGGAAAAUCAGCCCUAAUAAAUGGGCACGCCCCGUGGCUGUACGUUUGGAACCUGUGUUUCUCUCAUCAGGAACUGGCUGCCUGGAUCUUGUGGGUGUUCGCUUGCCCUCGAGGCUGUCGAGGGUGCCAGAGCUUGGAACCCAAAGACCUAAGGAUUCCAGUUCUGACACCACCUCUGCCCGGUUCACCUGGUCAAGAGCUUAGUGACACAGCAGAGCAGAUUGUGUUGGAUGGGGCGGCAUGUGCCAGAGCAGAAUACAGCAAAUUGUUGAACAUGACUGAAAGCUUAAUCUGAAGGUUUCCUGAGUGUACCUGGCUCAGCAGUGGGGACGAUGGUGAGCAAGACACAGGCCUUGCCUCUAAGGAGCUCCAGAUCUGAUAAGACACAGACAAGAAAAAGGUCCCGGGAACCCUCUGGGAUGCCUGAGAGUAUCUGCCUCCUGCCCCCAGCCUGGCUCCCACCAUGAGCGCCGAGCUCAACGUGCCUGUGGACCCCUCCACUCCUGCCUGCUCUGAACCCGGCCACAAGGGCAUGGAUUACCGGGACUGGGUCCGCCGCAGCUACCUGGAACUGGUCACGUCCAACCACCACUCUGUGCAGGCGCUCUCCUGGAGGAAGCUCUACCUGAGCAGAGCCAAGCUGAAGGCCUCCAGCCGGACCUCUGCCCUGCUGUCAGGCUUCGCCAUGGUGGCCAUGGUGGAGGUGCAGCUGGAGACGCAGUACCAGUACCCGCGGCCGCUGCUCAUCGCCUUCAGCGCCUGCACCACAGUGCUGGUGGCCGUGCACCUCUUUGCCCUGCUCAUCAGCACGUGCAUCCUGCCCAACGUGGAGGCCGUGAGCAACAUCCACAACCUGAACUCCAUCAGCGAGUCCCCGCACGAGCGCAUGCACCCCUACAUCGAGCUGGCCUGGGGCUUCUCGACCGUGCUGGGGAUCCUGCUCUUCCUGGCUGAGGUGGUGCUGCUCUGCUGGAUCAAGUUCCUGCCCGUGGACGCGCGGCGCCAGCCCGGCCCCCCGCCCGGCCCCGGCGGCCACACGGGCUGGCAGGCCGCGCUCGUGUCCACCAUCAUCAUGGUGCCCGUAGGUCUCAUCUUUGUGGUCUUCACCAUCCACUUCUACCGCUCGCUGGUACGCCACAAAACCGAGCGGCAUAACCGCGAGAUCGAGGAGCUGCACAAGCUCAAGGUGCAGCUGGACGGGCACGAACGCAGCCUGCAGGUCGUGUGAGGGCGCGGCGCCCUGGGCACAGGCCAGCAGCCCCCCCCACACACCCCCCGGGAGCCAGCAAUGAGCUGGUUGCCUUCUGGGGAGCAUCACACGGGAACGUGGGGAUUCCUGACAAGGCUGCCUAGGCACUGCCAGAAAGUUCCAGACCAAAGUCUCAUCCCUGUCUGCAUGUCGGAGAACCUGGCUGGAUGAUGCUCCCGCAGAAAGUGGAAAUCUGUAGUUAAAAGAGAGACUCUGUUGCCAAGAGCUGAGAGCAAAAAAAAAAACAAAAAAAAAACAAAAACAAAAA